GCCAAGUCCGUUGCGUCCUCCCUCAUCUUUCGCUCCUGAGACCACCACCGGAGGGAAGGGGAGGGGAGCGCAGGCAGAGCACGCACCCACACCACACGCCCUUUGGAUGCGGCUGACCCUCCCCGGCCCGGCUGACCCACCACCACCAGCGUUCCUCUUCCGUCCCCGACUCGGACACCCCCUGCUCGCUACAACUCCUACGCCGGCUCCAGCUCCCUCCCCUUUAUAUACCCACCGUCUCCCUCUCCUCCUCCCAUCACCAGUAAAGCAGUAAGUAAUUCCACUUCCGCCGCCACCUCCCUCUACCCCGGCGCUUUCUUGGACGUCGCAGGCACGUACAAGCAAAAGCAACCAGGAACCAGCCAUGUGCCCUGGGGCGCCGGUCGCGGCGGCGGCGUCGGACAAGAGCGUGUGCGUGAUGGACGCGUCCGGCCCGCUGGGCCACGCGCUCGUGCACCGCCUCCUCCGCCGGGGCUAUACCGUCCACGCCGCCACCUACGACCACUCGCUCGACGAGCUGCUCGCCGCCGCCGGCCACGACGAGGACCGGCUCAAGCUCUUCCGCGCCGACCCCUUCGACUACCACACCAUCGCCGACGCUGUCCGUGGCUGCUCCGGCCUCUUCUGCAUGUUCAACACCCACGAGGACCAGGCCGGCUGCGACGAGUUGAUGGUGGAGGUGGAGGUCCGGGCGGCGCAGAACGUGCUGGAGGCGUGCGCGCAGACGGUGACCAUGGAGCGGGUGGUCUUCACCUCCUCCGUCACCGCCGUCGUCUGGAAGGACGACGACCACAAGCCCGUCGACGCCUUCGACGAGAGGAACUGGAGCGACCUCAACCUCUGCAGGAAACGCAAGUUGUGGCACGCUCUGGCCAAGACGCUGUCGGAGAAGACGGCCUGGGCCUUGGCCAUGGACAGAGGGGUGGACAUGGUGGCCAUCAACGCCGGCCUGCUCACCGGGCCGGGGCUCUCCUCCGCCCACCCCUGCCUCAAGGGGGUCCCCGAGAUGUACGAGCACGGCGUCCUCGUCACCGUCGACGCCGACUUCCUAGCCGACGCCCACGUGGCCGCCUACGAGUGCCCCACGGCGUUCGGCCGCUACCUCUGCUUCAACAACGUCGUGUGCCGGCCCGAGGACGCCCUCCAGUUUGCCCAGAUGCUCACCCCGUCCGCUCCAUGCUACCCGCCGAGUGACGAGCUGAAGGUGAUCCCACAAAGGAUUCAGAACAAGAAGCUGAACAACCUGAUGGUGGAGUUUGCCAGUGCCAUAUACGGGGACUUGGAUUAGGGAUUCCAUUAUUUAUUCGUUUACCUCACAAGGGCAGCUAGGGUUGUAUUCUUUAUGUACCUAUAAAUAUCUGUAUUCUUUUUCUCCUGAAAAGGGAAAUAUGGUCGGUCAGAUGUACAAAUCUGUACAAGGCCAAGCAUGCCGCAUGUAUUCCACUCUUACCGGGCUGGUAAGAGCAUUUGAGCCAGUGCUUAGCAAGGUAGUAAUCCUUAGGUCCACCAAAAGGGAAAAUAAGUCUGCAGUUUUGUUACUGCCUUGUACAGCAGCAAUAUAUGAAUAUGAUGAACAAAUGUCAAAA